GCCGCGCUGCGAUGGAGAGCGGGGCAGAGCGGCAAGAGCUGCCGCGCCGGCCGCGGGGGAAGGCGAAGGAAGGGGGCGAGGCAGAGGAGGGAGGCGGAGGGGGAGACUGAAGUCAGCCCCGUCCCCCGCUGCGAGCGGGCAGGCGCCGCUGAGCCGCCCCCGCCUUUUGGCCCACCUCGCUUGGGGGCGAACCCAGCCGGGCCGUUGCGCUGCUGCCGCGCUGCUGAGCGGAUCGCCGGCCGGCCCAGCCACCCAGCCCCCCCUCCCGGGCCGGGGCUCCGCUCGUGCGCAGCUGGGAGCCCGAGGCGCCGACCUCUCGCCUUCCCCGCCGCGGAGCCUGAGCGCCGCCUCCUCCUCCUCUCGCCUCCACCCCCGCCCGGCCCGGCCCGGCCCUCCUCUGGAGUCUCCAGCCAUGACCGUCCCGGGUUUCACCUUCUAAAGAUGGCGGUGAAGGAUCGCUGCAACCUUUAGACUCAUGACUGUCAGAAACAUCGCCUCCAUCUGUAAUAUGGGCACCAAUGCCUCUGCUCUGGAAAAAGACAUUGGGCCAGAGCAAUUCCCAAUCAAUGAGCACUACUUUGGAUUGGUCAAUUUUGGGAACACUUGCUACUGCAACUCUGUCCUGCAAGCUCUGUACUUCUGCCGGCCGUUUCGGGAGAAUGUACUGGCAUACAAGGCCCAGCAGAAAAAGAAGGAAAACCUCCUGACCUGUCUGGCGGAUCUUUUCCAUAGUAUUGCUACACAGAAGAAGAAAGUUGGCGUGAUUCCACCCAAAAAGUUCAUCUCACGGUUACGGAAGGAGAAUGAUCUCUUUGACAAUUACAUGCAGCAGGAUGCCCACGAAUUUUUAAACUACUUACUGAACACUGUAGCUGACAUUCUGCAGGAGGAGAAGAAGCAGGAGAAGCAAAACGGGAAACUGAAAAAUGGCAAUAUGAACGAAACAGAAGAGAACAAUAAACAAGACGUCACCUGGGUGCACGAGAUUUUUCAGGGGACGUUAACGAACGAAACAAGAUGUUUGAACUGUGAAACUGUUAGUAGCAAAGAUGAAGAUUUUCUUGAUCUCUCUGUUGAUGUGGAGCAGAACACAUCCAUUACUCACUGCUUAAGAGACUUCAGCAACACAGAGACCUUGUGCAGUGAACAGAAGUACUACUGUGAGACCUGCUGCAGCAAACAGGAAGCACAAAAGCGGAUGAGGGUAAAAAAGCUGCCCAUGAUCCUCGCAUUACACCUCAAGAGAUUUAAAUAUAUGGAGCAGUUACAUCGCUACACCAAACUCUCCUACCGUGUGGUAUUCCCGCUGGAGCUACGUUUGUUCAACACAUCAGGGGAUGCUAUAAACUUGGACCGCAUGUAUGAUUUGGUGGCUGUUGUUGUUCACUGUGGCAGCGGACCCAAUCGUGGACAUUAUAUUACCAUUGUGAAAAGUCAUGGAUUCUGGCUUUUGUUCGAUGAUGAUAUCGUAGAGAAAAUUGAUGCACAGGCUAUUGAAGAAUUCUACGGUCUGACUUCUGAUAUAUCUAAAAAUUCAGAAUCUGGAUAUAUUUUAUUUUACCAAUCAAGAGAGUAACUGCGAGAUCUGACACUUUUCCUCCAAAGAUUAAAAAAAAAACUUACCGAUCUUCUUAAGCGGGCUCUAAUAGACUCAUCCAGAAUGAUCUAACCAUGAUGAGCUCAUCUUUAAAUUGCUGAUUGAAACACUCCAUCUUUGACUGGAAGAUCUUUUUCUUUAGACUGACUGCCGUUAACAAGAACAUAUUUAUAUGGAAUAACAUGUUCAUCUGCUGAAUCCUCCUGAACCAAGGUAUAAUAUUGCAUAAAUGUGUACAUCACCAUUAAGGACCAUUUGUCUGCUCUUUCUAAAGAACCAUUCCUUUGGACCAAUGGAUUUCAAACUGUAUUCUGGGCAAUGCUCGGCAUUACUGGAAGCUUCUUAGGAGCUUCUAGAUGAGAAAACUGAUAAUGAUGAACAGCCAUCUCUCAAAGUACUGUGAAUUCAUGUAGGGCAAGAUGAGCCCAAACACACACAUGGCUAAACUGUAAAACUACUGUACACUCUAGAAUGCAUCCCAGAAUCCUUUGCAAAGUGCAAGGGUUUCCAUGACAGAUAUGUAAGGGCUCUUUAGCCAAUGAGCUCACAUGGAAAGGGUUCUCAGAAGACAAGAGUUUGAAAACUACUGUUUUAUACACAUAGCUCGUACUUGGGGUAAGUGGAAAGCAAGAAAUAUAUUUUCUAAGUAUAGGCACUGGUGUAGGUUCACAGAUUAUAUUCCACGGUGUUCUUCAGUUAGACUAUUUUCUCCUGAUCUUUUUACACCUUGAGUUAUUAAAACAAAUUGGCAAUUUCAAGUUAUAAAUUCUCUCAAAGGGAUUUCAGUCCCGUUGGGAAUAAAUCACACCACAUAUCCAGUCUUCCUUUUUAUUGUGGGACAGCAUACAUGAGCAAAAAUGGUCCUUUAGAUUCCUGAAUUGUAAAAAAAACUUUAGGGGGAUUUUGCACUGAAGAAGAGAGGAAGUAGUACUUCCACAUUACUUUUACUGCGUAACUAGUGAGAGUAUCUUUUUAAAACCAAAGGAGUACCACAAAACUUGUUUGCCUGACUUUGCACAUGUCCCAGUAUCAUGCAUGCAAGCAAACAUUUGGACAACAGUUGCAUCAGUCAAGCCAAAUUCCAUAGGGCUCUGGCACACUCAAAGCUCCAUGUGAACAGAGACAGCCCCUGUAUCAAAGAAUGUGACAUGCACACCAGAGUCCCACUGGAUUGGGGCAAGUAUCUGUUUCCUGUUUGAUCCUGCAAGGUACUGGUGUAUGUGGGUGUGCCAGCCCCUGGGAACUCUGCAGCAAGGGGGGUUGCAGAGCAAACUCACAGGGUGGCGGUGGUCCGUGUCUCCCUCACAAACUCAUUUGGAUGCUACAAGUGCAAAGUUCAAGCUUUUUAUUAGCAUCUGUAUCCAAACAGCCUUCCCUUGUCUCCCCCCACCCCAAGCAAGGAGUUCCUUUCACUCUCUUCCUUUGAGUUCAGAAGAGAGUUCCUUCAUUCCUGCCCCCCCCCCAUUCUUUUGCCCAUCCCAGGCGUCACCUUGAUGCCUCCUUUAAGGGCCUUCCUAGCAUCCAAACUGUGGCUGGAGGCCACCUCCUCUCUAUCCCUCCUCUGGCAUAGCCCUAAAGGAAUUCCAUCUCUCCCAACAGUGGCUGCUACAAGCCAGCCAGCCACCCCUGCCCUGUGGUGCUGAUCCCUGGUCAGGAUCUCCCGACUGGUCCCCGUAGAGUUGGCAGCUCAUCUUCAGGGUGUGGCUGCCUCUCCUUGAGUUCUCCUUGGCCUCCCGUCUGGGGUGACCCUGCCCUUGGCCCCCCACCCCCUGGGAUUGCUGCCUGUUGAUCUCUUGCCCUGCUUUUGACAUGUAGACUGCACGGGGUGCUCAAUAGCAUGGCAUCACCCAGGAUAAAACUAUUUUUCAUGUCAUUCUGUGGCAUAUUUACAUAUCAGUAACCAGCUCCUAGGUUCCAUUUCUUCAUCAGAAACUAGGGCAGCUAGAAGUAGACGAUUCUCAGUGGUUUCCAUUAGAUUCAAUGGGACAAAGAAAAUGGCUUCCAUGAAGAUCUAUGGAAUGAAGUCUCAGGUCCUCAAUCAAGAAGAUUGUUUGGAAAGGCAUGAAAACUAUUGUCCUAAAAUAACUGGGUUCACCAUGGACAUUGUAUAGUGGCUAGAGUGUUAGACUAGGAGCUGGCGGACCCUGGUUUCGAGUCCCCACUCUGCCAUGGAAGCUUGCUAGGGUGACCUUGGGCUAGUCUCACACUUUCAGCCUAACCUACUUCACAGGGAAGUUGUAAGAAUAAAAUGGAGGAGAGGAAACUAAUGUGGCUGCCUCUCCUUGCACUCAGCCUUGGCCUCCAGCUCCUGCUUUGGGUGCCCCAUUGGCAAGAAAGGCAGCAUGUAAAUGAACAGAUAAGGGAGAGUUUCCGUUCUUGCCACAGCCUUUUCCUGCGCUGACGUACCUUUGCCUUUCUCUGAAGGUUCUGAAAGGGAAGUGCCGCUCUUGCGGAUGCUAUUCCAGAGGUAGUGGAUGCCCGGCCUGGCCUGGCCUUCACUGAGUGGGACCCCAGGGGCACAGCAUGCCUCUGCACAACACCCUCCCCAACAGAAGCUACAGGCUGCCCCGUCACCUCUCCAGCCCAUCUUGAUGAUAGACAUUUUGCGAGCUGUGCAUUCGUGAGAUACAAUAACCCCUGCAGGGAAGACCCAUUUCAACAGCCACCCAUGAAGAUGAGCAUGAGGCAGUGAGUCAGAGAUCUCGAGAGGUUCUCUGUGAGCACGGAUAACCACGCUCUGGCUAAUAAGUGUCUGCCUAAGUAAUAUUGCAUAAGCUGGGUUUAAGUGUCAAUCUCAGAGGCGUUUUUGCUGUGCUGAAUGAAUGGCUCUCUGAUGCCAGAGUUCAGCUGCUUUGAAGCUUAACGUUGGUCCGGUGCAGUGAAUGAGCUCCUAGUACCGAAUUCUGAUCCAGGCAUAACAAAAAUCACAGGACGUGAUCCAGUGGGAAAUUUUUCUAUGCAAGCCUCAUUGAAGUGAGCAGAUGCUGUGUGCGAACACUGGUUCCUCUUGCUGGAUUGUGCCCUCCCCGCAAACCUUCAAGUGGCUUCAAGCGGAGGAAAUUCCAGAAAGGAUCAUAGCGAUGGUUUUUCUCUCGAUCUCUGCUAAUUCCCCUCUUUACUACAGCCCGCAUCCCGCACUGCUUUGGUCUGUGCAGGUCCCAUGAAUCCCACUUAUUUGGGCAAGAUCUGUGGGUUAGUGGUAGAGCACCCGCUUUUCAUGCAGGGGAUCCUGGAUUCUAUCCCAGUAUCUCCAUUUAAAGGAAAGGAUCAGACAGCAGAUGAUGUGAAAGUCUGCUGCUGCCUGAUAAACUGGAGAGCUGCUGCCAGUCAGAGCAGACAAAUACGGACUUGUCAGAGUCAGUUUUCUGACUCAGUAUAAGGCAGCUUCAUGUGUGCUCCAACAUCUUGCAACGUUUCUUUCCUUUUCUAAAUCCAUGCAGGUGUUUGUUAGAGAAAAGUCCCUCUGACUAAUUUCUGGAUAGAGAUUUAAUUGCUGUUUUUGAUAGAUGAGAGGCUUUUUUCAUUUUUUUUAAGUGCUGUUGGUUGGGCUUGCAUCUGAGUUUCUCAGCUGAGAGUGAAAACCAUCCUCUCGCACCCUCUUUUCCAUCAUGUUGAUCUUUAAGGUAUUAGCUGUUGCUAGAACAUAGUUCGCUGUGCCUGAGGCUACUGUGUAACCUAAGGAGACUGGCACAUGACUUGGGCGAGGAACAAGACCAGAUUUUAAAAAUCUCUAAGAGAUUUUGAAAUUAUUCGUCAUUGUGCGCCUCCGACAGGGUAGAAAAGAUACUGUUCCAUGACUACUACAUUUGUUCAGGGUAACCAGUUUGCAUCUUUGGUAAAUAUACUUAUGUAUAACCAGUACUGUGUAUAAUUCUGACCACUGGAAGUCAUGCUCAGCCCCACUUGUAAUACUUGGAAUCUUAGCCUGCGCUGACCACAUUUCCAGACAUUCAGGGCAGCAGGAAUCCUUGCCAGAAGGCUCCAAAGGGGGAUAAUUUGGACCCUAUAAUUCUGUUCAAGGUGUUUGCCCCCUGCAACUCUACCUGUCCACUCUGGCUCUCAGAGGCUAUGUUAGGGAUGCCAGUCCCCCGCUGGGGCGGGAUAUCCCCCACUCCUGCCCGCUGUGUAGGGCAGGAGUGCUGGCGUGCUCUGCAGCAGCUAGAUCCGAGCUGAUUUUGGCCCAGUUCAGCUCGAAUGGGGCCCAAAUUGGGCCCAAUUCAGCCCCUGGGGAGCACAGGAGCGCUUCCAGGGUGCCCUGUGACCCCCCCCCCCGUGAUGACAUCACUUCCUGGAAGUGAUGUCAUCACGCAAGCCGAGAGCAUGUGCGCACACGUGAAAAGGAAAACCAUGAUAGGAGCUGGGCCCCAGAUCUCCCAGUAGGGGGGUCAGGAGACCAGGAAACCCUAAGCUUUGUGCCUGACUAACAGUGAAUCAUAAGCAAAAUUACUUCAAUCUAAGCCCACUGAUUUCAAUUUGUUUUAUUUUUUAUUUUAUUUUAUUCAGCGUAUACUCCACCCUUCUUGCAAGCGGGCUCAGGGCGGUUUACAACAAGUAACAGCAUAAAAAACCAGUUUAACAUCUAAAAUCCAGGUGCCUCUAAACAAUACCAGGCUACUGUGAAACUACUAUAAAACCACAGGACUGCCAUGAUAAAGGCCCAGAGCAGUCAGAAAAGGGGACAAGAUGCUGGCUGCUAGUCAAAGACCCGGUGGAACGUCUCUGUGUUGCAGGCCCUGCGGAAUUGUAAAAAGUCCCGCAGGGCCCAGAUCUCCAUUGGGAGAGCUUUCCGCCAGGCCGGGGCCAGGGCAGAAAAGACCCUGGCCCUAGCUGAAGCCAGCCAAGUAUCCCUUGGGCCAGGGACUACCGGAAGCUGCUUAUCCGUAGAGCACAAGGCCCUGCAGGGGACAAAAUGGGAAAGGUGGUCCCAAAGGGCUUAGACUGAAGCAACGCUGCUUAGGAUUUCAUUGUAAGGAAGGCAGUCUGCUCUCCAGCUCUGCAUUACUCCGAUUGCACCCAUUUUAUUGCCCCUUUAUCUAGCUGCCUGCCCUUCUACCCCUCUGACAGUUUGGUCAGAUACUCUGUCCCGUCCAUUUGUCUCUUGCUGCACCCCAAGAGUCAAGGCUAGCCCAGAGUGUAUUACAAACAUGAAGGAAAUUUUCCAGUCCAGUGGAAAGUUCCUUACUGCCUACAUAAAACUACCUUUAUAUAUAUGGAUCCCAUAGAACCUGAGCAGUGGGGGAGAGGGUUGGGGGUACGUCAAAUUCAAGUGGUCAUCAAGGAACCACCCAGAGGAGGACUGGAUUCAGUCAAUUUGGGUUGGAGGCCCUGCUGGGGGUUGGAGGGAGAGAACCUCUGCCCCACAAGAAAUUCUGAGGCCUACAUCUCUUGGCUUUAGGAAGAGCCAGGUGGUUUCAAGAUGAGGCCUCAAGAUGAGAACAAGAUGAGGCCUCAGUUGUUGACCAUUGUUCAGAGGAUAGAUUGGUGUAGACAGACUGGCUAAGGUGAUUUCGGAUAGGAAUAAUCCACGGGGCAUAACUGCUGUUCUCCUCUGUGUUUCAAUUGUUUCCUUCUCCUCUGUUGAGUAGGCACAUUGUUGGUUUUUUCUUUUUAUUCCUUAUUACAUGUGCUUGUUUUUAUGAUGUUAAUGGUUAUUUAUUAGUUCCAACAUUUCUGUCUGUGGUGUCUGCUCCCUAUCUAUUUGGGAUGACAUUCGUAGGGGCCAUACCCCUUUCCAAAAGGUUCCUUCCUGCCGAAUAUCAGGCCAAUAGGAGAUAAUGGGAACGGGAAAGAUUAUGGCAGCCUAAGGAAGUAGUGGGCUGACAUACUUGUGUGUCUGUUGAAGUGCAACAUGUGGACAGGGUGUCCGUUUUCCAAGAACAACGGAGCACACCGGCCGAGAAGCCAAACCCUACCCUGUACUGUGCCUUACCUCACUGGUCUCCCAAGUCCUGAAGCAUUUCUCUUCUAGCUGAAUAUCAGCAACGGGAAUGAGCUGGACUGGGAGAAAAAUGUUGGAAGAAAUGGAAUGCGCUGCAAUGAGGUUUUGAAAAGGAAUAUCCCCCAUUACAUCUUAAUUUAGUUAACUACAAAAUAACAAUCCUUCCUUACUAUGUGUUCAAAGCAUGUUAUAUGGUUGAAUUGAAGAUGUUAUCUUUUUCUUUCCUUAGGCUAGUAGCAGCUGGAUGGAGGGACAGUAUUUAUCUGGGAAAUGGUGUUAUUGGAAAGGAUAUGCAAGCAGAACUUUGGCCCAAAUGCCCACCCACAGAGGCAGCAUUGCCUGCUGACAGGGAGGAGCAAGUGCAACAUUUGCUGUAUCUCUCCCCGCCUCUGGUUUGCUUUACUGCGUGCUGGUAUGCCAGUGCAUGCAAGCAAAAUUUUUGCAUCUGAACUUAGCAAACACUGCACCAAAGAGAACAGAAUAGCAAACAAAGAGGAGCCACUGAUGACAGAGAAUCAAAUCAAAACGUUCCUUGGGUCAGUAAGCCAGCAGUGUGGCUGGUGUCAAGAAUGCACUGGAAAAAGAGAACUAUCCACACAGUUUUCUUUGGUGGCACAAUCUGGGCGCACCUACGUGAACUUAUAAAUGUCCCUGUCAGCUACGUAUCUGUUGAGUCAUUCUCUCUCACUGAACUUUGUGAACUCUAACGCAGACAGCAGGGCACCAGAAACCAGCCCAGAACCAAAGAUCCCUGAACAUUAAGUUCCUAGUUCAGAGUAUGUAUAAUGAUUAAAUGAAUGAAUGAAUGGGGCAUUCCAGAUACUCGUCUAAACAGCCCUUUCCUGUUGUUCAUACCCCAUACCUGGGUAUUCAGCCUUAAAUAGCCCUCUGAACAAAAAGUUAAUAUGCUGAUAGACCAAUCAACCGUGUAUUUGCCAAAUCUUUUUAUGAAUAAUUCUGAGUGACUGCCUCUGAAUGCUUGCUCCAUGGAGGCAAUGGAUGUCCUUUUUGUUUAUGUACUCAUUUAUCCUCAGCAACAAACAGAAAAGCCAUCGCCCUUAGUGGUAUUGAAUAUCUAUGGGACUUAAUUAAAAGUGGCAUGUACUGAAGAGAAUGCAGUAUGUGAUCAUGAAAAUAUUCUUGUAUAAUUUUAUUGCUAUGGAUAUGCAAAGAGUAACAGCCCUCUUGAAGCAACUGGACACAAUUAACUGUUGCAACACACACACACACACACACACACAGAGUGAGUGUAGGUCCAGCCCCUUUUCUACUCAAUCUUCCCUGAUUCCAUUCCUAACUUCAGUCCCUAUUCCAUCUAACUUUCAUCCAUGUGGCUCUCCAGAUCUCCGGCAUAACUUUUUUUGGUGAUCAGAAGGGAGUCUUCAUCCCUUUAUUGCCAGAAAAAAACCUGGUAGGGUCCACCAUUGCUUGGGAACUCACACCAUCCAGAUGGGAAGUGCCUCAGUGUUUAGUGCUAGAAUGCCAAGAGCCACGUCCCACAUGCUCGACAAGGGCUCCCCUGUACCAAAUGGCUGGUGAUUAGGUGAGGGGGAAAAUAACACUGCAGCAGUAGUGUAGCAGGAAAAAAUUCAUCUACGGCUUCCUUUUAAGGCUGUUUGCCUAAGCAAAAAGUGGAGAAUUGCGUUUCUCUAAAGAACUUUCUUUGGACAGAUGCAUGGUCUUGUGUAUCUUUCAUCCAUUUCAGUGGGGCUUGCAAAGGGGCUCUUCAGAUUUUCCCUGUAGCCUUUGACAGUCUGAUUCAUAAAUUUAACAUGCCUCACUUGAUCACCCCAAACUUGCUGAUUGGCAGCUGAAUAUGUAAACUGACUUGGAGCCAAGCUACAAAUGACGAAUUACACUUGCCUGGCAAGUGAACAGACUCAGGUGUAUUCCUCCCUGUUCACUUGCCAUUCACUUGCUCUCCACUUGAUCAAGUGGAGAGCAAGUGAAUGGCAAGUGAACAGGGAGGAAUAUGCUUGAGUCUGUUCACUUGCCAGGCAAGAGUAAUUCAUCACUUGUAGCUUGGCUCUAAGUUAAAGAGCAUUUGCUCUAUGAUGGCUCAUUCAUGUAUGCGAGUCAUUACUAACGUUGCAGUUAUCAAGGGAACAUAUAAAGUGUAUGAACAAUCUCACUUACUAAUAAGAGUACAUCGAUGACCUCAAAGCACACAAGCAUGAAGCUCUUUCUUACUUUGGGGUUAAAAUGAUACUAGUUUUCUCAGCUGACAAGUGUCAACGAGGGAGUGUUCAUUCUACUGAAACCUACUCAAGUCUACAGGCACUGUAUAAUUGACUCCCGUGGGGUUUGGAUGUGGUCCUUUGUGAAUAUGGUCCUUUACUUGCUUUCCUAACUUGCACAGGAUUUUUCUGAGAGAUGGCCAUUACUGUUCUAGCAGGCUAACCUACUCUGGUUGUGCUCAAUAAAUGCACUUUCUAGUUCAGUAUUAAUCAUGUGAUGCAGAUGUUUUGUAUAUUGCAAAAGUUGCUGCCAAAACCUUUUUAGAUUUGAUGUUAAACUUUAUUUUUUAAUUUAAAAAGGAUAGCAUUUAAUGUGUAUAACUUGGAAGUUUGGAGCUGAUAUUUGUAUGAGCAGAAAGUUUGCAUUACAAAGUUCAUUUUAAAAACAAAAAAUGAGAGGUUAGGGUAUAUUUGAAUUUAACUUUAACUCCACUUUUCAUUUUGUGUAGAGUAAUGAAACCAGAAGAUGGAAAUAAUAUUAAAAUAUAAUCUUUGACAUUUUUUUCCCUUGCUGUAUCUCUUACACUGAGUUGGAUAAUAAAUGCUGAUAAUUA